UGCCACGUCGACUUCGGGACGUCGAAACUACAUUCCAAAAGGCUGAAACUCGGCAAAAUGUAACGGUCUUGAUGCAACUCUGGCUAUCAAAUCCACCAGUUACCUUGACUACAAAUCUCUUUGAUGUACCUCAAGAGGUUUCUAGUGUUCAUAACACGUCACUUACCAACCUUCAUUUUCCCUUGUGUUCAAUUGCUGUCAGCACAGAGCAGCUGAAGGGAAAGAGUGUAUGCUCUACAGGACACGAGGCUGCUGAUGUAUUUUGAAGAAUUAUGUGGCUUUGCUGUCAUGGGGACAUGGGUUUGAUAUUGCCGAGUCAUUCCCCUCACUCAGGUCAUAAUUGUCGACUUUCACAUGUCCUACUGCUGUCAUCAAUGGUGGCCCUUCUUGGCGGACUGAUCUUUGGAUAUGAAUUAGGAAUCAUCUCAGGUGCUUUACUGCAGCUCAAGGAGGUCUUCAACCUUAGCUGUUUGCAGCAAGAAAUAUUGGUCAGCGCUCUUUUGAUCGGAGCUUUUUUUGCUUCAUUGAUUGGAGGGAUAGCUGUUGAUUAUCAUGGACGAAGAAACUCAAUCAUUCUGAGUGCGGUAUUACUAUGUGUUGGAAGCACCAUUCUCUUACUGUCCUCCUCAUUCGUGUUGCUAGUGGGUGGCCGGAUGACUGUUGGAUUUGCCAUGUCUAUCUCCUCCACAGCUUGUUGCAUCUAUGUUUCUGAAAUCGUCAGCCCUCAUCAUCGAGGCAAGUUGGUGUCUCUUUAUGAAGUUGGUGUCACACUUGGCAUCUUGAGUGCCUAUGCAUUAAAUUACAUUUGGGCGGAUAUAAGAAAUGGAUGGAAGUACAUGUUUGGUCUGGCCAUUGGCCCAGCAUCAUUCCAAGGCAUCAGUGUUUUCCUCCUUCCUUCAACUAUUGAGAGAGUCAGAAGUCAAGGUGAUGAUUCACAGAAAAUUCUGCUGCAGUUACACAAUGGAGACCAUGAUGACCCAGACUCAGAGGAUUUUAAUCCAACACAAGGAAUCAGCCAAAAUUACAGUUACCUUGACUUAUUUCGAUCCAAAGACAACAUGAGAGGCAGAUUGCUGGUGGCACUGGGUUUAGUGUUGUCGCAACAGCUCACUGGCCAGCCUAAUGUGCUCUACUACGCUUCAACCAUCUUUAGAUCGGUAGGAUUUCAGAGCAAUGCUUCAGCAGUACUAGCGUCAGUUGGACUGGGAAUAAUCAAAGUUGUUACAACUGUAGUAGCCAUGAUAUGUACAGAUAAAGUUGGAAGACGAACAUUACUAAUUGCUGGCUCUGUUGUAAUGUCCAUAUCAGUCACUGUGAUUGCAUUCUCAAGCCAGAAAAUUACAAUGGAAUCCCACACAAGCUGCAGAGUAAACGCCAGGGUUAAUGGCUCACACCAGAUGUUAAAUCCUAGUACAGCUUCCUCCAAACCAAUUCUUUGGAAACCAAAUCCAACAUUCACCAAUGAAAGUUCACAGAUUAUGAAUCAAACUUUGGCUUUAUCUGUCCAGGGCAAACAACAAACAGCAAAUAAUGAGAGAAUGAACAGCAGUUCACUCAGUGAGCCAGCAAUCCGAUUUGUCAGCACUGCAGACUCUUUAAAUAACACUUCACAUGAAGAUUUCCAUUUGAGGAAAAUAAGGAGUCACCUGAGACAGUCGGCAGUAAGCUCCACUCACACCUCCAAAUAUUUAGCCUUAAAUUGGAUUACACUGCUUUGUAUGAUGGCCUUUGUCAGUGCGUAUUCAAUUGGGUUCGGUCCAAUGACUUGGUUGGUUCUGAGCGAGAUAUUCCCUGCUGGGAUCAGAGGUCGGGCAUUUGCGUUCUCCAGCAGCUUCAACUGGGCGGCAAAUAUAAUUGUUACUGUCACGUUCCUGGAUGUAAUUGAUACUAUUGGACUGUCUGGGACAUUCCUAUUCUAUGGACUAGUGGGAUUUAUUUCGGUCGGUUUUAUAUGUCUGUACCUGCCUGAGACCAUGGGAAAGUCACUGGAAGAGAUCAACAGAUACUUCAUGGCUAGAAAAGUCUCAGAAGUGAGGUGCUGCUGUCCGAAUAGCAACAGAAGAGGAACAUAAAUUAAUCGUCACAAAAGAGCUGAUGGUUUCUUAAUUUAGAC